CCAACAACAAGAGCGAACAAAUCACUACAGCAGCAGCAGCAACAACAACAACAACACCUCAUGGCCGCAGCUUGUGCCGUCGUCGUCGUGUUUGGUCUGCUGCUGGCAGGGAACUGUGUCAAUGGGCAAAUUGAUGGUUACACAGCGGGCGAGGACUAUCCCGCCUAUGAAACAGUACCGAAGGGUCUCUCCUUUAACUGCCAAGGACGUCAGCCAGGCUAUUAUGCAGACACAGAGACGCGUUGUCAGGUCUGGCACUGGUGUCUGCACUCUGGACAUCAAUACUCCUUCCUCUGUCCCAAUGGCACGGUCUUCAAUCAGGCUGUUCGAGUCUGCGAUUGGUGGUCCAAUGUUAACUGCGAGAGUUCCGAGCAGCUUUAUCAGAACAAUGACGAAUUGUAUCGCAUUCCCGAACGCAACCAGCAACAGCAGCAAAGCGAUGUAUGAUAUAAGGCUGAUGAUGAGUAUAAGAUUGGGACUAAAACAGCAACAACAGCAACUGAGAACAUGAAUGCGAAGAUUAGACAAAGAGGCGGCAGACAGCGACAAUUUCUGGCACAAAAGAGCAGCAACAGCAGCAACUAUAGAAACAACAAUAGCUUAGAUAGUAACAACAACAACAAGUUGCAGUCACAGCAAAUAGCGAAGGGCGAUGGCACAAUACACAGCACACACAACUACAAUCAAAUGACCAAAAAUAGUUUUAGAGGCAAUAUGCGAUUCAACAAGAAUAACAGCAACAAUUCCAAUCAGCACAACUCUCAAUCGUCAUACUCAUCAUCACAGCAGCAGCAGCAACAACAACAACAACACCAUAGUUCUAGUAAAAAUAGUGAAUACCAACAUAGAGGAAAUAGCAGUAGAACCUAUAAGCAACAGAAUAGUAGUAGAAAUAGUAAUAGAAAUAAUAGCACUAAUUCUCGCUUUAGCAUAGCCCAGCAUCCAAAUAGUGUAGGCAACAAUAAUAGGCAUAGAAAUCGCACCUCAAUCAACAAUCAGCGUAACAACAGCUACAACAGCAAGCGUGGCGGACAACGUCAUAAUGCCAAUAAGUUCGAGAACGAUGACGAGCUCAAGGAUUACAAGAGUAAAAUCAAGAAUAAAUAUAACAUCGAUUAUGAUCAUUCUUUAGACGAAGAAUAUGAAAUAAUUGAGGCCAUUGAGUAA